UCUUUAACUAAUGUUCCUAAUAAUGAAUGGAUCAUUACUCCAGUAAUGAAACAACAAUAUGAUUCAAUAUUUGAUAAUAUUGAUAAACAAAAGGUCGGACAUUUAAAUCCUGAACAAGUGGCAGGAUUUUUAAUGACAUCUAAAUUAAAUCAACAAGAUUUGGCUACAGUAUGGGAUUUAUCAGAUAUUCAAAAUACAGGAAUCUUUACAAAAGUAGAAUUUGCUAUAGCCUUAUUUUUAGUUAAUAAGAAAUUGGCUGGAGGUAAGUUACCAAACAUAGUUCCUCAUACUUUGAUAGAAUCUUUGCAACAACCACAACAACCACAGCCAGUGAUUGAAGAGACUCGUGCUCCGGCAGUUCAACCUAUUGCUAAACAAAAGACUGCUAUGGAUGAUUUGGUAGAUAUCUUUGGAUCAUCAUCUAAUGCUAGUCCUGUACCAGCACAAGCUUCUAUUCCAGCACAAGCUUCUGUUGCAGCAAUUUCUCCUCUUGAACAACGUGUAACUUCAAGUAGUGAUCUUACCCCACCAGCAGAACUUCCAAAAGUUAGAGCGGCACUUACAGGAGCAUUUAAACCAACCUCUACUUUUGGUCAAUCAUUAAUUAACAAACAACAAGAUGUACAAACCCAUGACAAUUUAUUAGGUGAUGAUGUUCAUCAUCAAUCCCCUACUAAAGAAGUGGUACCACCACCUAUUACUUCUGAUACUCCACCAGUAACUUCUCCAACUAAACAAAUUAAUUAUGAAGCUUUAAGAAGUGUACCACCACCACCACCUCCAUCAUCUAAAAAAGUAUCUUCACCACCAACAACUACUACAUCAACCACAGCAACUAGUUCAAUUCCUGGUAGUUUCCCUACUGGAGGAUCAUUUCAAAGUAAUUAUCAAUCACCAGCUCCACCAGUUUCAGAAUCUAAUACUUAUUCACAAAAUGAAGAUUUAUUAGCCGAUACUAAUCCGGAAAUUUCUGGACAAUUAUCUCAAGCUAAUGCAGAUAUAGCCAAUGUAUCUAAUCAAAUUAGAUCAUUAGCCACUCAAACCACUAAUUUACAUGAAAAGAAAAUUAGAGCCGAACAAGAAUUACAACGAAUUUUAAAUACUAAAGUUGAAAUUGAAAAUAAAUUAAAACAAUUAAGAUCAUCUUAUGAUAAUGAAGUUUUACAAGUAAAUCAAGUUGAAAAGAAUCUUAGUAAUGCUAAAGAAGAAACUGAAGCUCUUAGAUCUCAAGCUUCGAUUUCUGAAGCUAAAUUUAAUGCUUUAUCACUGGAUCUUAAUACUAAACAACUUGCUGUAGAAGAAUUACAAAAGCAAAAUGGUUCAUUAAAGGAAAAAUUAGGUUAUUUAAAUGCCGAAAUUGCUGAACUUGAAAAGAAUGUCACUCAAAAAGUUAAUGAACAUCAAAAUUUAUCUAAUCAAGUGGCAAUUAAAAAAUCUCAAGUUCAAGUAGCCAUUGUUAAAAGUGAAGAAUUAAAGAAUCAAAUUAAACUGGUUGAAGAAUCUCAUUUAAAACUUCAAUCUGAAUUAGAUGAGGCUCAUAUUAAGAGUCAAACUUUUGAACAAGAACAUUCACAAUUGAAUGAACAAUUACAAACUACCAUUAAUCAAAAGCCUACUCAACCUUCUCCUCAUGUAUUAAGUAAGAGUGUAGUAGGUGGAGUGGCUGCAGGAUCCAUCAUUGGUGGAGUGGCUGCUGCGGUGGGUCAUGUAGUAUCUUCAGACCAUACUCAAGAAGAACCACAAUCACAAGCACAAAAAGAAGUUGCUCAAGAUGACGAUAAGGACUUAUCGGAAAUCAAUGAAGAAGAUAUUAAUAGUAAAUUUCCUGAUAUUAGUGGAACCACCGAUGGAGGAAUUGAUAAUGUCACUAAUGCCACUUCAUCGAUUGUAACUGAUGAUAAAGCCAAUGAUGAUGAGAAUGAAACUCCUAUUACUUCUCCAAGUAAUUCUGAUUUCCAAUUUCCUCAAGGAUCUAAUGCAGCCGGAGUGGUUGGAGGUUUAGUGGGAAUGCCAGGAGUUUUAGUAGGAGUUCAAAGAACUGAUUCUUUAACUUCCAGUGUUCAAAAUAAUGCCGCAUUAUCAGUUCGUGAUGAUAAUAUUGAAGAGAUUAGUGAUCGUGAUACAAUUGAUAAUAGUAAUUUAGGUGGUGAUGAUGAAGAUGCCAUUCCAGAAUCGAUUUCUACUGAAAAUUAUGGUGAACAAGAAGAAGAAGAAGAACAUGAAAAUAAAGACAUUACUCAUCACAAUCAGGAAGAUAAUAGUGAUGGUGAUAAGUUGUCUUCAGGUGUUGAAUCAUUUGAAAUUGUCAAUGGUGAUGAAGCCAGAGCCAAUGAAGCUCAAGCUCAAGCGCAAGCACAAGCACAUGCUGAAUCUCAAACUGAAACAGAAUAUCCAGCUCCAAAUCUUACUGAUGAAACUGAAAGACCAUCAGAGGAAGGUACAUCACGUGAGUUGGGUGCUGGAGAAGAGUUCCCACCAAUUAAGGAAUUAGAUUAUGAAGAAAGUGAUAGUUCUUCUGAAACUGCCUCUCAAGAUGAUAACUUUGAUGAUGCAGUGGCAGAAUUAUCUCCAAGUGCUAAUCCUCCAGGUUAUGAAGAAUCUAUCGGUGCUAUACCACCAGUUAGCCAACCACCUAAAGAAGUUAUUACUCCAGGUACCACUACUGCCACAACCACAACCACGACCACUGGACCAGCACCAACUUUUGAUGACUUCUUCAAUGAUUUACAACCUGCAACUCAAGAACAAGCAGCACCAAAUGAUUUAUUUGGUGAUGAUGAGUUUAGCAAUUUAGAGGCCGCUCGAGAUGACAAUGUAGGAGAUGAAUUUGAAACCAAAGAUUAUGGAUUUUCAGAUGAAUUCACUAAUACAACUCCUGCAGCCAAUUUCAAUUCUACCAGUACAAAUGGUAAUGAAAAUGAAAAUACUGGUACUGGUAAUGAUGAAUGGGAACAAUUAUUUGCUGGAUUCGGGAAUGCCGCACCAGUAGAAUCCACCACCAGUGAAUCUACUACCACUAAUAACAUUCAUGCUGCUACUCCCAUUAGAGUUAGUAGUACUAAUGAUGUAGCAAUUCAAGAAUUAGUUGGUAUGGGAUUUUCUGAAAGUAGUGCCUUAGAAGCUCUACAAAAACUGAAUUGGAAUUUGGAAGAUGCCACUAAUUACUUACUUGAUAGUGCCUAGUUUUAGAGAAUUAUAUAGCUUAACUUUAUUUUAGUUUGUGAUUUAUGUAUAAUAUGUUGAAAUUCAAAUUACUUUAUAUUACUGUUGUUACUAUAAAAUUCAUAACCUCAUUAUUUAAUCCUAAA